AAUGCAUUAAAAAGCUGUCUGAAAGAAAACGUUACAGCUUUUUUUUUCCAUAAAAUUCUUAGAAAAAAAAGUAUAAAGAAAAAACUCCGGCGGUCGGAAAAUGGGUCAAAAAGGGUAUCAAUCGCCGGCGAAGAAAGUGUUGUCAUGGAUUCGAAAAAAAUCGAAGAAAGUGAAAAUCUUUUUGGGUUUAAUCACAUCAAUCAUUCUAUUGGUGACUCUUAAGUUAGUUGUUCAUGAUCACAACCUCUUCUUUGUUAUAGCUGAAGCUAUUCAUUUGAUUGGACUUUUAGUUUUGAUUUACAAAUUGACAACACUCAAGACUUGCUCUGGUCUUUCAUUGAAGACUCAAGUGCUUACAGCUAUAUUUUUGGCGGUAAGACUAUACUGUAGUUUUCUCAUGGAAGCAGAUAUCCACACUGUGCUAGAUUUUAUCACCCUUGUGGCAACAGUGUGGGUCAUUUAUAUGAUGAAGUUCAAGCUGAAGGCAUCCUACAUGGCAGAACUGGAUAACAUGCCCUUAUACUAUCCGAUAGUUCCCGCCGCAGUUUUAGCCUUCUUUGUCCAUCCUACUACAAGCCAUAUUCUGAUAAACCGAAUGCUUUGGGCUUUUUGUGUAUAUCUGGAAUCCGUCUCUGUACUGCCUCAGCUUCGCUUGAUGCAGAAUGUUCAGAUAAUUGAGCCAUUUUCAGCUCAUUAUGUUUUCGCACUGGGCGUUGCAAGAUUCUUGGGUUGUGCUCAUUGGAUUAUUCAGGUUUAUGACACUGCCGGAGCAUAUAUUUACUUGGCUGGACGUGGUUAUCUCUGGAUACCUACCGUCUUUUUGGCAGAAAUGGUUCAAACGUUCAUCUUGGCCGAUUUUUGUUAUUAUUAUGUAAAAAGUGUCAUGAGUGGCCAGUUGAUUGUUCGCCUGCCAACGCCGGUGUAAUACACUAAGAGACUGUGACAUUUUGUUAAUUCCUAUGUAGAAGUAGAAGUUUUUGUUGUGGAGAUUGGAUAGAGAUCAUGACUGGAACAAACUCCAUUUUGAAGAAUUUGCACAACUUUGUUCUUUUGACGAAAUUUUGAGUAGUCUUUUCAGUUGAAUUUUAUCCGCAAUUAACAUUUUGCAUCAAACAAUAUUAAUUA